AUGGCCGACGAUCCGGAGCCUGAGGACGUCGACGAGCGUCCGCGCGGCAUCCUCAUGCUGCUGAGCGUGUGCUGCUGCCUGAAUCGAAGAAAAGCUCCGGAGGCGGAGACGCUGGAUAUCUACGUCACCUCGGACACGUCGCGGCUGCUCGGCGACGGCUCGACGGAGGACUACAAGCCGCCGGCGGACUACACGAGCGAGGCCGUCGACGGCAAGGAAGCGGCCGCCAAGGAGUGCGCCGGCGUGUCCGUCAAGGAGCGGACCAAUGUGCUGCGCGCGGGCGACGACGCGGCGCGCGCGGGCGACGACGCGGCGGCCGCGGCGUCCGGCGGACCCAGCGCCGAGGACGAGUGCUCCGGCGUCAGCGUCGCCGCGCGGUCGCAGCAGCUGCGCCGGGAGGUCGCCGGCGAGGCCGCGCCGCCGCCCAAGAAGAACAAGGCCUGGUCCGCGGCCGCGUCGAAGCUCGCGACGAAGAAGAGCGAGGUGGCCUGCGGGUUUUGCGGCCUCGCGGUCCCCAGUUCCGAGGCCGCGUCCCACCGGGGCCUGAGCUUCCACCCGUCCUGCUUCCGCUGCGGGUCCUGCGGCAAGUCGCUCGUCGGCGUGCAGCACGGCACGCUCGACGACGACGACCUCCUGCUCUGCGACGAGGCGUCGGCCGCGCGGCGCACGGUGUCGUGCCUCGCGCGCGCGAGGGACAAGGCGCAUCGCGCGGGCGCCGCGAGGGAGGCGGCGAACCAGCGGCCCUCGGAGACGGACCUGACCGUCGCCCGGGCCGCCAAGGAGCAGGCCAUCGAGGUCAUCGGCGACGACCUGGAGCGGAUCGUGCGAGGUAUGGCGCCGACGUGCGCGCUGUGCGGCGGACCGUUCGGCCCAAAGGACAAGCUGUUCAUCCAGGGCAUGGUGAAGAUCCACGUCUCCUGCUCCGCCGCCGACGACCGACCCAGGGCCGUGGCGCUCACGCCCGCGCAGGCCCUCAAGUCCGCGCCGGCGACGCUGAUCCUGAAGCUGCGGCCGAAGGCGACGGGCAGGACCGCGACGUUCUUCCUCGCGCGGUCCGAGCGCCAGCCCGACGCGAACGGCGUGAUCUUCGCGCCCGACGCCGACGCGCGCGCGCCGGCGGCGCGCAAGGCGGCGACGGACGCGCUCGCGGACGGCGCGGAGCUCCGGGCCGUCGGCGAGUUGGGCGCGGUGCUCGCGGAGGACGUCGCGACGCUCGACGGCGCUUCCCUCGCCGGCGCGCUCGCCUGGUCGUCGGCGGGGCUGGUCUGGCGCCUCGCGUGCGACUUCGCGCACGACGCGGCCGCGGGGACGAUCCGCGCGACGUCCGCGCGGCUGAGCGUCGACGAUCCGGAGCUCUCCGACGACGAGCCGAUCGCGUUGAGCGCCGCGCGCAAGCGGCUCGCGCCCGCCAAUGCGCCCGCGCCCACCGACGCGCCGCGGUUCGCGCCGGCGAGCGAGGCCUUCGACGACUCGGUGGCGCCGCCGGUCGACGCCUUCAACGACUUCUCCGCCGGCGGCAUGACCUUCGAGUCCUUCGCGCCGAAGAAGACGAAGAAGCCCGCGGCGCAGAAGGCGGCGGAGCGGAAGCCGAAGGCGGAGAAGAAGCCCGCGGCGGCGAAGCGCGAGCGCGGCGAGACGGCCAAGGCCGCGGACGCGGCGAAGAAGACGAGCAAGGCGUCGCGGCGCCACGAGCGCGUGGAGCGGAACGCGAAGCUGCGAUCCGGCGAACUCGCGCUGCCGAAGCCCGUCGUCGACUUCGACGGCGCCAGGGCCGCGACGAUGCUCAAGAUGGUGCGCCGCGGCGUCGACGUGCACCUGCCCCGGGGCCGGCCGCCCUACCGGUCCCAGCUCCAGGUCAUCGACGGCGCGCUGCGGGCCGCGGAGGCGUCGCGGAGCGCGUUCCUCGAGUCGCCGACGGGCACGGGCAAGACGCUCGCGGCGCUCGCCGCGGCGCUCGCCUGGCAGCGCGCCAACUACGACGCGACGCCGACGCGCGUCGUCUGGGUCGCGCGGACCCACGACCAGCUCCAGCACGCGGUCCGCGAGUACGAGCGGAGCUGCCCCUACCGGCCGCUCAUGAGCCUGAGGCUCUCGCGCGAGCGCUUCUGCCUCCACCCGGACAUCGCGACGGCGCCGAACAAGGCCGAGGCCUGCGAGGAGGCGACGAAGAUCCAGAAGAACGCGAACAAGCGGGGCCGCUUCGACGUGAAAAACUCCGGCUGCGGGCACCUCGACACGGCGGAGAAGAUCGGCUACCCGCAAUCCCAAAAAUGGCGGCCCCACUUCCGCCUCGGCGGGAAGAUGAACGUCUGGGACAUCGAGGACGCCGUGAAGGAGGGCCAGGCGACGCACGUCUGCCCGUUCCACAUGGCGCAGGACCAGAUCCAGGAGGGCGCGUCGCUGAUCUUCGUGACGUACCAGCAGCUCGUCGAGCCCAUCACGCGGCGCGCGGGCGGCCUCGAGCAGGUCUUCGAGGACGCCCUAGUCGUCGUCGACGAGGCGCACAACCUGCCGCAGGUCGCGCGCGACGCCGCGUCGUACGACGUCACGGAGGACCGGCUCGCGGACCUCGUGCGCACGCUCGAGGAGUUCGUGCCCUACCUCGACGAGCACGACGAGGCCCAGGCCAUGCUGCGGUCGCUCAUCGCGCCGCCGGGCGGCGAUGCGCCGUCCGAGGCGCCGGAGGACGCCGCCGCCGCGCCGAAGAAGAAGAAGAAGGCGAAGAAGCGGCCGCUCCUCUUCGAGGCGACGGCGCGCGGCGGCCCGCUCGUGGCGCUGCUGGGCUGGCUGCGGGCCGCGAAGGACGGCGACGCGGCGCCGCUGCCGCCCGCGGCGGCCGCGCGCGACGGCGACGCGCGCGAGCGGGUCUGGGGCGGCGCGGCCGCCGCGGAGCUCGUGCGCGACGUCGUCGGCCUGCGCUCCGCGGACCGCGUCGACGAGAACACGAAGAUCCUCUGGAAGCUGCGGAAGACGCUCAUCGACGAGGGCCUGGAGAGCGGCGCGGUGCGGUCCGACACGAUCAACGACCUCGAGCAGAUCCUCGUGAAGCUCCGCUACCUCCUCGAGCCCGCGGCGGCGCGCCACUACCGCCUCAUCUGCCGCAGCGAGCCGCGGGUCGCGCCCAAGGCGCCCUGGCAGCCGACGCGGCGCGGCCCCGCGCGCGGCGGCCGCGGCGGCCGCGGCGGCCGCGGCGGCCGCGGCCGCGAGUCCAAGGCCGCGCGCGACGCGCGCGAGCGGGUCGAGGAGGCCGAGCGCGCGGCGGCGGCGCGGCGCGUCGAGACGGGCUGCGACGCGGACCGCAAGCUCACGCUGCGCUUCGUCUGCCUCCAGGGCAGCGUCGCGAUGACGCAGCUCACGCGCGGCCAGCGCGCCGCGGGCUUGGGCGAGGCGAACUACGUGCGGCCCGCGCGGAGCCUGCUCAUGCUCUCGGGCACGCUGCGGCCCUGCGACCUGCUCGCCGAGGAGCUGGGCCUCGACCUCGGGCCGCCGGACCGCCUCCUGCCGACGCGCUUCGCCGCCGCCGCGGACGAGAACGUCGACGGCGGCGGCGCCGCGGCGCCCGCGGACGACGGGCCGCCCCUGUCGCAGUGCUACGCCGUGCACGCCGUGGCGGCGUGCCACCUGCCGGCCAUCGCGUCGUCGCUCCUGCCGCUCCACCUGCCCGUCGCGUCGGGCGUCGAUCUGGACGCGUCGUACAAGAACGCGACGGCGGAGCCGGACGCGCCGGCGACGCGGCGCUACUACGACGCCCUCGCGACGGCGCUCCUCGGCGUGGCGUCGGCGGCGCCCCACGGCGUCCUCGUCUUCUUCAAGUCCUACCGCCUGCUGGAGCUCGCGCUGAAGCGGUGGACCGAGACGGGCGGCCUCGCGCGGCUCCGGGCGGAGAAGGACGUCCACGUCGAGUCGCGGGACCUGAGCGGCGACUCCUUCGACGCCAUGGUCGCCGAGUACCGCGCCGCCGCGGCGAGCGCGCGCGGCGCGCUGCUCCUCGCCGUCAUGCGCGGGCGGGCCGCCGAGGGCGCGGACUUCAAGGACGACGCCGCGCGCUGCGUCUGCAUCGUCGGCGUGCCCUACCCGCCGCGCUUCGACGCGAACACGCGCCUCAAGAUCGAGCACGACGGCCGCGACCGGGGGGAGACGUGGUACCGCGCGGAGGCGUACCGCAACGUCAACCAGGCCGCGGGCCGCCUCAUCCGACACGCGAAGGACUUCGGCGCGUUGGUGCUGCUGGACCGCGCGCUGACCGCGAAUUCCAUGAUGUCCGAGUGGUACGCGGACCGCCUCGCGACGCUCGGCGGGGCGACGGAGCUCCACAACCGGCUCCGCGCGUUCUUCGCGGCCAAGAACGCGGGCGACGGCACGCGCGCGGCGCCCUGCGACCUGACGGGGACCGCCGCGGCGCUCUACCUCGACCUGCGCAUGACGAUCCGCCGGCCGCUCGACGCCAUCUCGACGAUCAACCAGAGCCCGAGCGGCGUGAUCAUGUGGGAGUCGGCGAGCGCGCCGGCGCACGACCCGGAGCUCGACGGGCUCAACGUGCUCGCCGUGGACCCGGGCUCGCGGAACAUCGACGGCCUACCGGCCGUGCGGCCCGUCGCGGGCGGGCCCGAGGUGUCGCUCUUCGAGCCGCCCUUCGACCCGGACCGGGUCAUCAGCGCCUGCUCGCCGGGGCACACGGUGCUCGUGGACUCCGACGCGGCGGUCUGGACCGACGAGACGCUGCCGCUCGUCGAAGUUUUGGCGGCGGCGGCCGCGGGGUCCGCGCGCGUGCUCGUGUCGCUCUACGACAAGGCCAUGCUCAGCGCCUGCUGCGAGAAGCUCGUGCUCGGGAGCCUGACGGGGAGCGGCCUCGUGUCGCUCGGCGGCGGCGAGGACGCGCCGGGCGAGCCCGGGUCCAUCGGCGUCGCUUUGCCGCCGGACCCGUCGCUCUGGAAGCUCGCGAAGACCCCCGCCGCGCCGCCGAAGACCAUCUCGUGCGACUUCGUGUUGUUCCGCGCGAUCGCGCGCCACGUGCCGUCGCCGCCCAUCGAGUCGAGCGCGUCGCUCCAGUCCGCGAAGUCGCGCACCUCCCAGAUCGCGCUGCAUGCCAACUGGUUCCGGCGGCGCGGCUCCAAGUACCCGCUGCGCCAGAUCGCGCAGCGCAUCGGCGUCGGCGCGCCGUGGACGGCGCCGAAGUUCGUCUGGGCCUUCGCCUGGCGGUCGCACCGGCGGCUGCUGCCGCUCCUGCAUCGCUGGGACGACGCGGCGCCGGAGAACACGUGCGUGAACCUCCAGGUGCUCUGGCUCAAGGCCAUCGCCGGCGACCGCGCGGCCUACGAGCUGCUGCCGCGCGGCACGCGGACGGCCGUGCGCUGGCCGUUCCGCCUGCUCUACCCGCGGCUGCACCACCAGAACGUGCUCCUGCGGUCCGCGUACCUCGACGACGCGGUGCUCGGCGAGCUCGCGGGUUUGGACCCCGCGGACUGCGCCGUCGUCGCCCUCGGCGCGGGGUUCUGCACGCGGGCCGCGCGGCUCUUCGGCGACACGGCGCAUCGCACCGCGGAGUUGGACCUCCCGGCCGUCGUCGCCCAGAAGCGGGCGCUCGCGGCGCGCUACGAGACCCACGCGCCCGCGGACGCCUACGUGCCCGCGGACCUCGCGGCCGACGGCGUCGCCGCGGCGCUCGACGACGCGGUCCGCGGGCGCUCGCACGUCGUCUUCGUCCUGGAGGCGCUGCUCAUCUACCUCGAGGACGACGCGGCGCGGCGGCUCCUGCGGGCGGCCCGCGCGACGAACGCGACGUCCGUGUCUCUGUGCUUCGCGGACCGCCUGCCCAUGCCGGGCGUCGACGAGGCCGACGCGCGCGCGGUCCUCGCGGACGCCGGCUUCGAGCUCGGCGACUACCUCCCCAAGCCCGGCCUCGCGCGCCACAUGGGGGUCGCGAGGCGCGUGCACGCGCAGCCCCGGCCGAAGACGGCCCGCAACAGGUCGUACCACGUGAGCCACUUGGCCAAGGCCUUGGCGAUGAGCGGCACGUACAUCUCGUGCGCCUGCCGCGAGUGCAUGUCGAAGAGCGCGCCGUUCGCGCAGAAGACGCGGUCGUCGACGGGCACGUAG